AUGAGCACUUCAGGCUAUGUGGACCAGGCUUUCUCACGCACCAGCAAGGCCACCCCCAUGGCUCAUGUGCACCGCUAUGGUGUGCUGCUAUGGGAGGUUAUGAGUGCAGUGAGUGGGGCAGUUAUGAGUGCAGUGAGAGGGACAGCUGUGUACGGGUUCUACGACGAGUGCCAGCGCAAGUACGGCAACGCCAACGCGUGGCGCUACUGCACCGACGUCUUUGACUUCCUCGGCAUCUCCGCCAUCAUCGACGGCCGCGUGCUGUGUGUGCAUGGGGGCCUCUCACCAGACGUCCGAACACUGGACCAGGUGCCUCUGCUGCCCUCUGCUGCCCUGCUCCCGGCCCUCCUGCUGCCUGUGUCGUUCCGCCACUCCUCUCGCUUCUCUUGUCCCAUGCCUCACUUUCCUCUCCUCGUCCCCCCCUUGCUGCAUCUCAUGCGCAAUCGUCCGUGCCUGUCUGUGCCUAUCCGGGUGGUGGAGCGACAGUGCGAGAUUCCACACGAGGGCCCCUUCUGCGGUGCCUCUCCCCCACCCAGGUGCCUCUCCCCCACCCAGGUGCCUCUCCCCCACCCAGGUGCCUCUCCCCCACCCAGCUACCUCUCCCCCACCCAGGUGCCUCUUCCCCUCGCGUCUUCUCUCCCCCGCGCAUGUCCUUCUCUCCCCCCCCCCCCCUUUAAAUCCUCCUUUCCCUCGCAUCUGCUCUACCGUGUGCCACUCUCCCACUUCAUGGAUUGA